CUGCAGGAGCAUCCUCACUGUUUUGGGCUCAUUCCACGGACUGCGGACGGCUAUUCUAACUCUAGUGUUUUGCGAUGUGAUUUUAAUUUCUUUGGAGGAUUUCUUUUUGCUGGACGUUAAAACAGCACAUUUGUCUGCACAGUCGAUCAGGGAAGGAGAGCUCCGGGACGCAGGGGAUAGUAUCACGAUAGUUUGAUCACAGUUCAUUCCCCGAGGUGGAGAAAUAAUACACGCUCGUGAUCUAAAACGCAAGAUGAGGCGGUUUGUUGUAAUAUACAUUUGGCUCGCGAGGGAUUUUCUGCUCGUCCUGAGUGUUGGUAUGAAGGACGCACCGAGGCUUGGGUCCAAAAACACUCCAAGGCUUCUGAGCAAAGGUACAGUCGGAGGUGGAUUUGAAUACCAAGAACAGCAGAAACACAGUGUCCUCUACUAUCACGAGGACUCUGCGGACAUGUAUGUGGGAGGCACUGACUUUGUGUUAAAACUAGACAUGGAUGACAAUAACAUCAAAGAGAAAUUCCUUCUGAAAACAUCAGGCCAAAAGAUGUGCCAAGAGGGCUCCUGUGAAAACGUCAUCACGGUUAUUGAGAUGUUUCAGGACAGCAUGUUUGUCUGUGGAACGAAUGGACUCAAACCACAGUGCUGGAAACUAUUUUCAUCAGUGAACAAUCAAUCUCACGAAAUAGUGGAGAGUUAUGAGGGAACGGGGAUCUCUCCACCUGUGUACACCCAAAAUUCCCUGUCCCUCACAGUCGACGGGGAUCUCUACGCUGCAGCUUCUGUGGAUACCGAUAGAAGUUCAUUACAAUUCAGAAGGAAAGCUGGCAAAAGAGCUAAUGUCUGGAUGUAUGACAACUGGGUGUCAGAGCCCACGUUCAUCUCUGCCUCCUGGGUGAAGCAAAUUGAAGACCCAGACCAAGAGAAGAUUUACAUCUUUUUCCGGGAAAAGAACUCGGACCACAGCCCAGAGGCUGACCCCUGGAUAUCUAGGGUCGCCAGAGUUUGCAAGGUGGAUGAAGGCGGAUCCAAAAGAUUCUUCCAGAACAUGUGGACAUCUUUCCUGAAGGCCCGUCUCGUCUGUGGGUUUCCAGACGAGUCUCUGUAUUUCAACCGUCUCCUUGACAUUUUUGUGAUUCACGCUGACGACUGGCGCAACACCAGAGUCUACGCGCUUUUCUCAAGCAGCUGGAACUCAACAGCAGUUUGCAUCUACUCCAUGGGACAGAUUGAAGAAAUAUUUGAGAACUCAACUUUCAAAGGCUACGACAAAGACAUUCCCAAACCAAGGCCAGGAACAUGUGUGAAAAACAGCAAGAGUCUGCCACUGCCCACAGUCAAAAUGGUGAAGGACUACCCGGAGAUGACUGACUGGGUUCACUCUGUGCAAUACACAGCUCCAUUUUAUAUCAGCAGAAACAACUACACCAAGUUAGCAGUGGACCAAGUUCAAGCCGUGGACCAGCACAAGUAUAACGUCCUGCUUCUAGCCACGGACUCCGGAAAGGUCCAUAAAAUCCUUGAGGCUGGAUCUGAAGCUUUUAUCAUCUCAGAAACACAACUCUCCAACAGUUCAACUGUACAAUCAAUGAAACUUGACUCCAAAAAGAAAAAGUUAGUCGUGGGGUUUUCAGAGAAAAUCUCCAUCAUGGACCUGCAGAGGUGUCAGCAGUACAACAGCUCCUGUGCUGAAUGUGUAUUGGCCCGGGACCCUUACUGUGCCUGGACCCAGUUUGGAUGCAACUCGACUGUUCAUGGAGGCAUUCAAAAUAUCAUGAAUGGACAAACAACUGUCUGCUCUGAAUCCUUAGAAGAACCGAUGAAAGUAAACCGGACCAAACGGGAUAUAGAUUCAUCACCGGAGAAUUUGAGAGCAGUUCAUUCAGUUCCCCUGGGUGUCCCCUUCUACCUGUCGUGCCCCAUAGACUCUUACCACGCUGUCUACACCUGGGAGCACAGAGGCCAGAGCAGCCCGUGUCUGCAGAUGCAGUCUAACUGCCUGCACCUCAUCCCUGCCAUGGCACAAGAGAACUACGGCGCCUACGAGUGUGUUUCCAAAGAGAAAGACUACACAAAAGUGGUGAAAAAAUAUCACCUUACGGAGCAACUGAUCGCAGACACAAAGAUGGGGAGCGAUAGCUCUCAUGACAUAAAUGAUGCAUCGGCUGCUGUGUCACAGACAGUACUGAUCAUUCUAGGACUGGCUGUAGAAAUGUUGCACUAAUUAGUUUUUAUUCUAUCAGCAGAGCUCAGGAAAAUGUCAUAUUCCUGUGUGAAUUUCCUCUGUGCCCCCUUUAGGGAAGUAAAUGUUAAAUAGUCUGUAUUUGCUUUUCUAGUCUUGAUGACCACUCAAAGCGCUUUACAGAACAUAUUUCCCUUCACCCAGUCACACUGUGCAUCUAUGGGCAGCACCUUCUCUAUGAGAAGGGUGCAACUUCCAGGGGCAAUUUGAGGUUUAGUAUCUUGCCCAAGGACACUUCGGCAUGCGGAAGACUGGGAUCCAACUGACGAAUUUCUGGUUAAAGGACAACGCUUUCUACCCGUUGAGCCACAGCGGCCCAAAGGGUGGAGGCAACCAGACAUUUCCACAUAAUGUCCCUGUUUUGCUCAACCCCUCCCACUGUUUUAAGCUUUAUAUAAAGAUGGGUGAGUCAUCUCUACUUCCUCCCACUAUCCAGAAAUAAAGCUAAAAUAUAUCCCGGUAACGCUUUUAGAGCUGUAGAGAUGAAGGAAGGGAGAUGAAUCAGGAAGGUCCCGUCGCUACAUGUGCUUGAGCAAUCGUGAGUCAGUCACAGCUGUCAAUCAUGAUGUUUUUUAUAGCAUCAAAUAACUAAUUAAGAGCAGACUUACUGGAAAAUGAUCACUUGAGAUAAUAACUACAUAAAAUGACAGGAACAAUUUGUAAUAAUUGGUCCAUUUGCCAUCCACUAACAUGGAGGAGGAAAGAUUUAUGACAGCAGCCAACCACCAGGUGGUGAUCAGGACACUUUGGCUUUACUUCACGGGAGCCUUCAUGUCGUCCAUCAUCAUACAGUCUAUGGUUUUAACAGUCAGUGUCAGCGAGCUGCUUGAAAAAUGUACACCUCCUUCUGGAAGGCACUUUGUUUCACUUUCCACAUCAACUUUGGCCAAAACAUGUAAAUGUCACUGAGUUCUAUUAAAAUACAGAAACAGGGAUCAACAUUA